ACGUCAUCCAGCGGCGCCACGCCUCGCGAGCGCCAUGCUGGGCUUGCGGGGAGCCCGGCUAACGCUGGGCCUGCGGGCCGCGGCUCCUGCGUGGCUGCGGGGCCCGGUCCACUGCUCCCCGGUUCUGAUGCGUGCAGCAGGAACGCCCCAUGUUGGGUACCGGACUGGGUUGGGUUCCGCCCCGCCGGAAGCACGCGGGCGCCCGCUCAGCCUGUCGGCGGCGGCCGUCGUGAGCUCGGCGCCCCGCCCCCUGCAGCCCUACCUGCGCCUCAUGAGACUGGACAAGCCCAUAGGGACCUGGCUACUGUAUUUGCCAUGUACCUGGAGCAUUGGUUUGGCAGCUGAGCCAGGUUGCUUCCCAGACUGGUACAUGUUAUCCCUCUUUGGCACUGGAGCUAUCCUGAUGCGUGGAGCAGGCUGUACUAUUAAUGACAUGUGGGACCGUGACUACGAUAAAAAGGUUACAAGAACAGCAAAUCGCCCAAUAGCUGCUGGAGACAUUUCAACUUUCCAAUCCUUUGUUUUUCUCGGAGGACAACUGACCUUGGCACUGGGUGUUCUUCUAUGUCUGAAUUACUACAGUAUAGCUCUGGGGGCAGCAUCCUUACUUCUCGUCAUCACUUACCCACUAAUGAAGAGAAUCACAUACUGGCCUCAGUUAGCCUUGGGGUUGACUUUUAACUGGGGAGCAUUGCUUGGAUGGUCUGCUGUCAAGGGCUCUUGUGAUCCAUCUGUGUGCUUGCCUCUUUAUUUUUCUGGAGUUGUGUGGACACUGAUAUAUGAUACCAUUUAUGCCCAUCAGGACAAGAAAGACGAUGCUCUGAUUGGUCUGAAGUCCACAGCACUGCUGUUCAGAGAAAACACGAAGCAGUGGCUGAGUGGCUUCAGUGUGGCCAUGCUGGGAGCCCUGAGCCUGGUGGGUGUGAACAGCGCUCAGACUGCGCCCUACUACACGGCCCUGGUCGCCGCCGGAGCCCACCUGGCUCACCAGAUUUACACUCUAGACAUCCACAGUCCGGCAGAUUGUUGGCAUAAAUUUAUCUCCAACCGAACAGUAGGGAUGAUCAUUUUUUUAGGAAUCAUCCUUGGAAAUGUAUGGAAAGAAAAAAAGACAGAUCAAAUAAACAAACAAACAAAGAUAGUCGAAAUUAGCCCAUGAGCUAGGAGUGGUAACACACCUUUAAUCCUAGCAUUCUGGAAGUGGAAACAGAAGGACCUAGAAUUCAAGACCAGCCUGGGCUCCAUAGCUGCAUCAUAAGAUAACUGUCCUUAAAAACCACAGGCUGGGGCUGAAGUUCAGCAGCAGAGCACACCUAGCAUUGCAAGGCCCUGCGUGAUCCCCAGCACCUAAAAAGGAAAAUUAGCAAGUACAGUUGAUCUAGGAAUUAUGAAAAUAAUUUUUAAAACAUUCUCAGGUCUUGUAACCACACUAUUAUAUUUGAAUGAAUAGCUGGUUACAAUAUGUUAAAGAAGAACCAGAUGAAGAUUUAGAGCAUAUUUUCCUUGAUUCAAGUAAUUCAUCUGUUUCCUAGCACAAAAUUAUCUCUAGUUUCAGAAACUAGGCACUCUUAGAGAUUUGAGAUGUCCUUGAGUAUUUAAGUUGAUGUAUUCUUUUGCCUUUUAUAAUUGUCCUCCAGAGUUGCGGGAAUCAGAUGAGUUUGGGCACUUUAGAGAAAACCUGAUAUGUGUCUCAGCUAUAUAAAUGUCUUCCUGCUCUAUAGGAAAAUGAAUUUUUUCAGGGGGAAAAAAGUUCUUAUGUGAAGUUGGGGCAUAUUGUUAUUUUUUGUAACCAUCACCCUCAGCCACAAGCUCUAAUUUAGGAAAGCAUUGUGUUUUAGAAGAAUUUAAAUAGCAAAUAAAAUUUUUAUGUACUGUA